GGCGACCAUGGACUCGACUGUGCCUAGUCGCUCACUAGGUGUACCACAGGACCUUGCAUUGCUUAUGGAGAUGGCUCAGGAGCACGUUGCUCCCUCCGUGCAGGCCCCCGUCGUUUUGCCAGUGCGACUGCCCAUCCAAGUGCUGGGCAAAGUUCCGCUCGCUGAACCUGAGAAACCCGACGCCGAGCACGGAGCACUCAGCGAAAAUCAAGACGCGGCUCAGCUCAAACUGCCUUCUGAGCCACAGGUGUCUAUUGCUGAUCAGGCAAAUAUCGAGCCCUCCCCGCCGGAAGGGGCGGAGAGUUUGUCCGACUCAGAAUCCGAGAGCGAUGACGGUUCCGAAUCUGAAUCUGAAGAAAGCGAUUCUUCCGAUGAAGCUGACGGUUCCGAAUCAGUGAAUGAACGUUCUCAACCCCAGCGAGCCAAACGGCAACCUGCGGAGGUUGACGAGGCCGACGAGGAGCCUGGGCCAACAGGGCCUGCCGCCUUCGCUUCCAAACACGAGAUUGUUAUCCCCAAUGUCGAGAUGCCUGAAUUUGAGGAAAUCGGACCCGAGGAGAAGAUCGAACAGAUCGGCGAGGUCAUGAAUAUUGUCGAUUCGGUAGUCGUCGUGAGGGGACGGAUGAAUUCUCAAUAUCAGGUCAUCGACAGUGGAAGCCUGUUGGUAUUUGAAGACAGAAAGGUCCUCGGUUUUGUAUUUGAGACUUUCGGCGCCGUCUCUUCUCCGCUCUACACUGUCCGCUUCCCUUCGUCUUCCCUCGUUCCUUCCCGCGUCCUGCCUUCCCUCCCUAUCUUUCACGUCCCUCAGCGCAGUACUUAUAUCUUUACGCGUCAUCUGCUUUUGCUCAAGGGCAGCGAUGCGAGUAACAUGCAUGAUGAAGAGGUGGAAGGGGACGAGGUGGAAUUCUCUGAUGACGAAAAGGAAGCAGAGUGGAAGAGGUCAAAAAAGCUGAAACGGCGGCAUGGCGACACACUGGAACGCAAUGGACCUCGAUUCCGCGAGCAAGAACAAGAUGUGGGACUAGAUUAUGGAGACUCCUCGGUCCCAGCCUCCGACCUGCUCGCUGCCCGCGGUCCGCCAGUGCGAUAUGACGACGAAGACUUUGGGAUGGCAGAUGCUGAGCCUGUGCGUUCAAGAUCGCCGACUGAGGAUACGAGGCGGUCCCUGGGAGUCGGAAGAGACAGGGAUGGACAGCGAGAUAGAGAAUGGGUACCCCGCAGUGGAAGAGAAGAGUACCGCGGAGGCGGCAGGGGUAGAGGUGGUGGGAGAGGCGGCUGGCGUGAGCCUGCUGGAGGAAGAGACCGGGGCAGAGGAAGAGGAAGAGGCCGAGGGGGGCCAUCUAACUAUAACAACCCCAACAACUACGAUCGUCCCCCGCCGCCUCAAUCUGGCCCUCAUGGGUACUCCAAUUCAACCCAUGGCGACGUUGCUGGAUUAUCAGGCCGUGCGAUGUCGCCGGCGUCGGAGGCCAUCGCUCGUGUUACGGGUCAGUACGAUGCCGGCCCCUCCCAGCCAUCGUACCCCAGCACUCCGUACGGCCAGCAUGCUCUCCACAGCCCUCCAGGUCCUCAAGAUACAUACGAUCCCCGCGCGCCUGCCUUCUCCACUGUCUCACCAUCUCCAGUCCAAUCUUAUCCGUCUACACCGAUGCAGACGCAAAUGGCCUUACAGAUGCAGAUGCCGUUCGCCUUUGGCGGGCACAUCAACCCGCGGUUCGCAUUUGCUCCCGGGUUUUUGCCCCAGGUGCAGAUGCAGAUGCAGAUGCAGCAGCAGCCAGGCAUGUUUGGGAUGCAGCAGCAGGGCCGAGGCGGUCAAGGGGCUUGGGGCUGGGAGCAGCAACACCCGCAGGGUGGGUACCCACCACAGCAAGGAGACGGGGAACAGCAUGAUGGUGUUGGGGGGGAGGAGCACCGAUACUAG